GGGGGCGUGUCCAAGGCGUUAGACCCGGAAGUGAUGCGCAGUCAGCAGACUGGGAGAAACAACAUCUUCUGGCCGCCGUCCGUCACUCGCAGACGCUGUUAGACAACCUGCUUGGCUGGCCAGUCCACGGCGACUUGGAGCGGGUUCAGAUGUGGAUCCACCCGGAGGAGGUUCUGCUGGCCGGGGCCCUGUGGGUGUCCGAGCGGGCCAACCCCUUCUUUAUCCUGCAGAGGAGGCGAGGACACGGCCGCGGUGGAGGACUGUCCGGCCUCCUGGUGGGGACUCUGGAUGUGGUCCUGGACUCCAGUGCCAGGGUGGCUCCUUACAGGAUUCUGCUGCAGACUGCGGACUCUCAGGUCUACUGGAACGUCGCCUGCGGUUCAUCCCGGCGAGAGAUUACGGAGCACUGGGACUGGCUGGAGUCCAAUCUGCUGCAGACCAUCUCCAUCUUCGACAACUGCCAGGACGUCACCACCUUCGUCAAAGGGAAGAUCUCCGGCAUCAUUGCUGAGGAGAACCGACUGAAGCAGGGCGAGGAGACCGAGGAGGAUUGUGGGAAGUUCCAGGAGGCCGAGGUCAAGAUGAGAAAGCUGUUCGGGAUGCCGGAAGAGGAGAAGCUGGUGAAUUAUUACUCGUGCAGUUACUGGAAGGGUCGAGUGCCACGGCAGGGCUGGCUCUACCUGUCCGUCAACCACCUGUGCUUCUACUCCUUCCUGCUGGGCAAGGAAGUGACGCUGGUGGUUCAGUGGACGGAAGUGACGCAGCUGGACAAGAACGCCACCUUGCUGUUCCCGGAGAGCGUUCGCGUCAGCACUCGCCACACGGAGCAUUUCUUCUCCAUGUUCCUGAAAAUCAACGACACCUUCAAGCUGAUGGAGCAGCUCGCCAACAUGGCCAUGCGCCAGCUGCUCGACAACGAGGCCUUCGCCGCCGACCGCUCGCUGCCCAAGCCCUGCAAGACCCUCAAGAACGUCUCCGUGCUCAAGAGGGACUUGGACGCCCGGGCAAAGAACGAGCGCUACCGGAUCACCUUCCGGCUGACGCAGGACGAGCGCCUGGACGGACACACCGACUGCACGCUGUGGACGCCCUUCGCCAAAAUGCACGUGGUGGGCCAACUGUUCAUCUCCAACAACUACAUCUGCUUCAACAGCCGAGAGGAAGACCUGUGCCAGCUGAUCAUCCCGCUCAGAGAGGUGUCAGUGGUGGAGAAGGCCGACAGCAGCAGCGUGCUGCCGUGUCCCGUCUCCAUCAGCACCAAGAACAAGAUGAACUUCCUGUUCGCCAACCUCAAAGACCGGGACUUCCUCGUCCAGCGCAUUUCCGACUUCCUGCAGAGGACCCCAGAGAGCUCGUGGGGGGACACGAGUCCGCUGUCGGCCUUGAGUCAUGCGGCGCCCUCCUCCUCUGUAGCCUCUCAGGCCGUCCACAGGGGGCGCCAUUACCACCCAGAUGUGCCCACAGCCAGACAAGGUCUGCUGCAGCUCUACCAGAAAGACGCCCCAGAGGACCUGGGACCCAAAGCGAUGAAGGAGAAGAUGAAGGUGGAGGCGUGGAACAUCCACUUCUCUGAGUUUGGCCGUGGCGUCUGCAUGUACAGAACCUCCAGAACCAGAGAGCUGGUCCUCAGUGGCAUUCCGGAGCGCCUGAGGGGAGAGCUGUGGUUGCUCUUCUCAGGAGCGCAGAACCAGAUGGCGACUCAUGUCGGUUACUAUGGCGACCUGGUGGAGCAGGCCAUGGGGCUUUGUUCCUUGGCGACGGAGGAGAUCGAGCGCGACCUUCACCGCUCCAUGCCUGAACACAGAGCCUUCCAGAACGAGACGGGCAUCGCGGCGCUGCGGCGCGUCCUCACCGCCUACGCCCACAGAAACCCGGGAAUCGGAUACUGCCAGGCCAUGAACAUCGUCACGUCGGUGCUGCUCCUUUACUGUACGGAGGAAGAAGCCUUCUGGCUGCUGGUGGCGCUUUGUGAACGCAUGCUGCCUGACUACUACAACACCAGGGUCGUAGGAGCUCUGGUAGAUCAGGGCGUGUUUGAAGACCUGACCCAAGGCUUCCUCCCCCUGUUGCAUGACCACAUGCAGGAACUGGGGGUCAUCUCCACCAUCAGCCUGUCCUGGUUCCUUACCCUCUUCCUGUCCGUGAUGCCCUUUGAUAGUGCCGUCCUGCUAGUCGACUGCUUUUUUUACGAGGGCAUCAAAGUCAUCUUUCAGGUGGCACUGGCAGUGCUGCAUGACAACAUGAAUGCCUUGUUGUCCUGUAGUGACGAGGGGGAAGCUAUGACCAUUUUGGGCAGGUACCUGGAUAAUGUCGUUAAUAAGCAGGUCGGAGCGUCGCCUGUUCCUCAUCUGCAUGCACUGCUAACUAGUGGAGACGAACCGCCGCCUGAGAUCGACAUCUUUGAACUCAUCAAGUCAUCAUACGAGAAGUUCGGCAGCCUUCGCUCAGAUGUCAUUGAGCAGAUGAGGUUCAAACAGAGGUUAAAGGUCAUCCAGUCGCUGGAGGACACCGCCAAACGAAGCGUGGUGAGAGCGAUGAUGACGGAGUCGGCCUUCAGCAUCGAGGAGCUGGAGGAGCUUUACUGUCUCUUCAAGUCCAAGCACAUGACCAGUUGCUACUGGGGCUCCAGCAGCUCCGCGGCCGAGCGCCACGACCCGAGUCUGCCCUACCUGGAGCAGUACCGCAUCGACCCGCUCCAGUUCAGCCAGCUGUUCGCCGCCCUCGCCCCCUGGAUCUGCGGAGACCACACCACCACGCUGUCGGCGCGCCUCUUCAGAAUCCUGGACCAGAACCAGGACGGCCUGGUCAACUUCAAGGAGUUCAUCACGGCGCUCAGCGGCAUGUACCACGGAGACAUGACGGAGAAGCUCAAACUACUCUACAAGCUCCACCUCCCGCCUGCAUUUUGUCCUGAGGAGGCGGAGUCUGCAUUGGAAGCUUCCCAGUUCUUCACAGAGGACCCGCUGCAAGAAGAUUCCUUCCUGCCCAGCGUGGACAAUGUGAGCCCGCAGGAAGUCCCAACAGGGGAGGAGGACAAGAAGGACCCAGAAGGAGGCAGGUCCAGUGAGGAGAAGAAAGAGGACUACAGGUACUACCUGAGGAUGUGGGCCAAGGAGAAGGAGCCCAAGAACGAGACCAUCAAAGACCUGCCCAGGAUGAACCAGGAGCAGUUCAUCGAGCUGUGUAAGAGCCUGUACAACAUGUUCAGCGAGGAGUCUCAGGAGCAGCAGCUGUACCACGCCAUCGCCACCGUGGCCAGCCUGCUGCUGCGCAUCGGCGAGGUCGGCAAGAAGUUCAACAGCAACAACCACAACGGCGCCAAGAAGACUGACGGCGAAGUGUCGGGCGAGGCUCCCCCCGCGUGCCGAGCGCCGGCCGACAUCCGCCCGGAGCCGCCGGAGGAGGAUCCCCGAGACGACACGUCCGUGUCGUCGUACUCGAUGGUGAGCUCCGGCUCGCUGCCGUGCGACGACAUCUCGGACGACGUGGUGCUGGUGGGCGGCGAGCGGCAGAGGCGGGGCAGCGGGCUGGACGCCGAUUGGUCCAUCACCUUCGAGCAGGUGCUGGCGUCCAUGCUGACCGAGCCGCCGCUGGUCGACUACUUUGAGCACAAAAGGGACAUCCAGGCCAAGAUGGCCGCCUGUAAGGCCCAGCGAGCGGUGGAGCGUCAGACAAGCUCCGCCUCCUCUGACCACGAACUCAGCCAGCAUUCUGUCUGAGUGACCUUUGCCCUCACUGUGUCCUCAAAUUUCAUGUCCUCAUCGACAUUUCCUGUUUUUUUUUUUCAGGAGGAAAGUCUUUUAUUGUGAAAGAGCCAAUACUAACACGUCUUUACUGAUCGCCGAGUCCACCAUUGAUUUCACUGAUGAUGAUCGGAAGUUUCUAGAAGGUUCAUGUUGUAACACAUCAAUCUUCAUGCGACACAAAUAUGUUUAUGUAUAUGAACACACUUUUAUUGUUUGGACUUUUUACUCCUCACUAAUGUAAUGUCUAUUAAAUAACUUGUCUUUAUGAAAAUAAACCCGAUUAUUUGC